UAAUGAAUAGAUUCUUUUUCACAGGACAAGCUACUCCUAUAGAAAACAGUGAAUUCGAUGACGAGUACACUCUUAAAGUACCAUCAGAAGAAGAAGUUCGAAUUGUAGCUGUUAGAUUAAGAAAUUGUAUAUUCUUCUUCUUAUUAUAUUACUCUAGGCUAAUAUUUUUUAACAGGUAUAGAUGUUUGCAGAGAAAAAAUCUUCAAAAAACAUCUUGAAGAUGAAAAAGGCACUCCCAAUGGAUUCUUACCAUGCAAACCACUUGUAGAUAGCUAUUAUUAUUGCAUUUCAUAAGUAUAUAUAUAUAUUUCAUUUAAUUAUUAGGGAUAAUAUGGAUAAUCAGUUUAAGAUGCCCCAACUGAAUCAUAAGAUAAUCUAUAAAAAUUUUAAAGCUGCUUAUUUAAUAAAUUGAAUCCAGCCAAUUAUUGUAAAGGGUUUAACAUUUAAUAAAUAUUCUUUAGAUUUGCAAGUAAAGCAGUAAGAGAUUUGUAUCAUCUUCCAGGUACCAAAAUUAAAGAUACAACAAUAUGAUUACGCAUAAUCAAUAAUUG